AUGCGUCUAUUUGGUAACAAAAACAACAAAUUCAAGAUCGACCCGCCCAAGAUCAGGAUCGAGAAGGUUGUCGUCGACCGACCUGCCCCGAAACCUAAACCUAAGCAGCCGAAUGCCAUCUUGAGUGGCUCAGCAUCUCGCUCCUCGUCCUCUCACCGUCCAUCUCCGAAACCUCUGGCACGACAAGCUAGCCACUCGCCGUAUCCCUCGUCUUCUGAUGAGAGACGACUGGAACGUAAGCGUAAGGCACCGUCCGUGUCGCGUCGAUCACCGGCCAGCGACCGCAUCGAGUUCGACAAAGACAGCGAUGGCGAGGAUGAUGGAUGGAUGACCCUUGAUACUAAGCGACAACGCAAGGGCACUGAGGAUGGUAGCUUUGUCGACCCUACACGCAAGUUGAGGAGUGCAAGAGCAUUCGAGGAUCGUAUGGACAGCCGAAGCUUCAUUCACGCCGUCGAUGUGGCUUCGCUUGAGCACAAGUGCGUACCUGUCAUGGGCGCCCAAAAAGAGGAGGUGUCUAUCAGAUUACAAUACCCCAGUCUACAACCCCGUGAGAAAUACGAACUCGUAUGGGGAAAAGACAAGAUUGAUGCCGUCGAAGCGAGCAUCAAGGUGGUUCGCCAUGUAGCCGAGACAUACCUGACCGAGGAGGAGGCUGAGCCUUUUACGAACCCCAACGGUGGUAUUAUCCGAAGACUGGAAAAGGCAUCCAACCGCAACAUUCAGGAUUUGAUGGGUUUCAAGGCAGCCUUGCGCGAGUACAACGAUAAACUUCGUGCUCUAGUCGAGGACGGCGUAAUUGCCAAGAAUCUCGAUAAGAUGCACGAGCUCCCUCAACACCUUGUGGCUUUCAUACUCGAUCAGAUCUAUGACCGAACAGUGGCCCUCAAGGUGGAACUUCUCUCCAAGUAUGAGAAUGGAACCGACUAUGUCUAUGGCGAACUCUUACACCCAUUCAUCUCUAAGAUUUUGGUAGAGCAGACUCGAAUGACCUCAGGCCAGGUCUUCGUGGAUUUAGGCUCAGGUGUUGGAAAUGUGGUUUUGCAAGCGGCGCUCGAGAUCGGCUGUGAGAGUUGGGGCUGCGAGAUGAUGGAAAACGCCUGCAAUCUUGCCGAGGAGCAGAAGAAGGAAUUCGAUGCACGAUGCAUGCUCUGGGGAGUCCGACCAGGCAAAGUGCAUCUGGAACGAGGCGAUUUCCGCAAGAAUUUGCAUAUCCAUGAAGCUCUCAAGCGAGCCGACGUGGUCCUGGUCAACAAUAAGGCCUUCACCUCGCAGCUGAACGACGACCUUGUUCGAAUGUUCCUCGAUCUGAAAUCGGGUUGUAAGAUCGUGUCGCUCAAAUCUUUUGUCGCCGAAAAGAACAACAACCACAACAUCAACGAUGUUGGCAGCACCAUCCUGGAGGUGGAAGAGUGCAUAUACCCCGAGGGCUAUGUGAGUUGGACUAAUGCAGGAGGACCGUACUUUAUUUCGACGCGAAAGUAG